GCUGGGGGGAAAGUAGCCGCGGAGCAGGGCACUUUCUAGCCGGGGUCCGAGUGAUCGGCUCGGCCUCACCUUCGGGAAAGAACCGGGAGAGUUGGGCACCAUUAAAGUUUUUAUUUUUCGUGUCUGUGCGAGCAGGUGUUUGGGGUCGGGGGCCUGCUUCAUUUGCCCCCCCGACCCCCGCUCGUCGGGGGCAGCCCACCCAGAGGGAUUCAGAUAAUUAGAGCUGGAGCGCGACCAUGCCCAGGAAGAAGGCGGCGGCGGCUUGGGAGGAGCCGAGCUCCGGCAACGGCACGGCCCGCGCCGGGCCCAGGAAGCGCGGCGGCCCGGCCGGCAGGAAGCGCGAACGGCCCGAGCGGUGCAGCAGUAGCAGUGGUGGUGGGAGCAGCGGCGACGAGGACGGCCUAGAUCUCGACGGGGCACCUGGUGGGGGCAAGCGCGCGGCCCGGCCGGCGGCGACCAAAGCGGGCGGCGCAGCGGUGGUCAUCACCGAGCCGGAGCACACCAAGGAGCGCGUCAAACUUGAAGGGUCUAAAUGCAAAGGGCAGCUUUUGAUAUUUGGGGCCACCAACUGGGACUUGAUUGGUCGGAAAGAAGUGCCUAAACAGCAAGCUGCCUACCGCAAUCUCGGUCAGAACCUGUGGGGACCCCACAGAUAUGGGUGCCUGUCGGGGGUCCGGGUGCGGACGGUGGUUUCGGGGUCGUGCGCUGCCCACAGCCUCCUCAUCACCACGGAAGGGAAGCUGUGGAGCUGGGGUCGCAAUGAGAAGGGGCAGCUUGGACACGGCGACACCAAGAGAGUGGAAGCCCCCAGACUCAUUGAGGGUCUCAGCCACGAGGUGAUUGUGUCGGCAGCCUGUGGGCGGAACCACACCUUGGCCUUGACGGAAACGGGCUCUGUGUUUGCGUUUGGGGAGAACAAGAUGGGGCAGCUGGGCCUGGGCAACCAGACGGACGCCGUCCCGAGCCCCGCACAGAUAAUGUACAACGGCCAGCCAAUUACCAAAAUGGCCUGUGGGGCCGAGUUCAGUAUGAUAAUGGAUUGCAAAGGAAACCUCUAUUCCUUUGGGUGUCCUGAAUACGGCCAGCUGGGACACAACUCGGAUGGGAAGUUCAUCGCCCGGGCGCAGCGGAUAGAGUACGACUGUGAGCUGGUGCCCCGGCGCGUGGCCAUCUUCAUCGAGAAGACGAAGGACGGGCAGAUUCUGCCGGUCCCCAACGUGGUCGUGCGGGACGUGGCCUGUGGCGCUAACCACACGCUGGUCCUCGACUCCCAGAAGCGCGUCUUCUCCUGGGGCUUCGGCGGCUACGGCCGGCUGGGCCACGCCGAGCAGAAGGACGAGAUGGUGCCCCGCCUGGUGAAGCUGUUCGACUUCCCCGGGCGCGGGGCGUCCCAGAUCUACGCCGGCUACACCUGCUCCUUCGCCGUCAGCGAAGUGGGCGGUCUGUUUUUCUGGGGGGCCACCAACACGUCCCGCGAGUCCACCAUGUACCCGAAGGCCGUGCAGGACCUCUGUGGCUGGAGAAUCCGGAGCCUGGCUUGUGGGAAGAGCAGCAUCAUCGUGGCCGCGGACGAGAGCACGAUCAGCUGGGGCCCGUCACCGACCUUCGGGGAGCUGGGCUACGGGGACCACAAGCCCAAGUCUUCCACUGCAGCCCAGGAGGUGAAGACGCUGGAUGGCAUUUUCACGGAGCAGGUUGCCAUGGGCUACUCACACUCCCUGGUGAUAGCGAGAGAUGAAAGCGAGACGGAGAAGGAGAAGAUCAAGAAACUGCCAGAGUAUAACCCCCGCACCCUCUGAUUGCCCGGAGUCCCCCACUCCACACCUCGCGGCAGCUGUCAUUCCCACGUGCACUGGGACGGGAAGUCAGAUGAGGCAUUGAAACAAGCGGAAGUUGACUGAAGGUGCAUUUUUGUUAGACUCCCUGAGGUUCCGUUUUAUAAGUGGUUCAACGUCAACUACCUUUUCUGUAUGCUUUCCAAAGUGUUUUUCCUCUCUUGAUGUUUAAUUAAAAUAUUUGCUCAUAGUUGACUUACCAUUCCUACAAGAGGCAGAAACUUUGAGCAACCUAGGUUUUUUUUUUUUUUUUUUUUUUUUUUUACGUUUCUCUCCACCUGCUUCCCGAGGAUACUUCUCGAAACUCCCCUUUCCGGUCGCAAUCAGCAUUGUGGUCCGAGUGGGUGCGGCCUGGGACAGCAGUCCCUGUUGACUCAGAAGAAAACGUCCCUUAUGGGAGCUGGCGGCAUUAUUGGCAAAGAGGGUCCCUGGUGGUCCGUCUCUAUCCGAAAUCACGCCCAUGUGCUUUGGGAGCACCUAGGUCGCUUCCUUCCCGCCUCUUCCUGCAGACCGGCCGAGGCCGGCCGUGGUUCCCUUCUCCCUGCGGCUGCUCGUGAGCCCCGCCCACCGCCUUGUGGCUGCACCCUUAAUAGAACCUGCCGUCUCCCCCCUGGUGGGGGCUGGGGGCGUGUGUUUAGCCAUUUAUAUCUAUUUUGUCUGUAAACGAAGUCCCAGCGAGAAUCAGGUGACCGUGGAGCCAGCGGGGGGGUCAGGGGGGUGCGGUCAUGGGACAGUGUACCUGGUUCAGGACCCAGCUCUAGGGUUCCCGUGAGGAGCUGGGGCCGCCCCGCCAGCACUCGCCAUCAGAGAUUGAUCAGCCAGCAGUAAAAAAAGUGCAUUCUGGAGUCCUUUCGAAGAAGGACCAGCCCUUACGUACCAGCCUUGAUCGCCUUGUGCUUCUGUUUUUAUGACCCUCACCCCCACCCCUGGGUCCGGCUUGGAACAGCCCGGUCUGCUUCCGAGACUCGGGCUCCAGUUCCGCCGUCCCGGCUCUGCAGUCCCGUGUGCUUGGCCGUGGUACCAAAUAGUCGGGAUGACGACGUCCCCCUUCCCCGCGUGUCAGCGCAGAUGCUGGGACCGCCGCCGCCCGGCUGCCCGCCAAGUGCCCUCUGCCCGAGCUCGCCCCCGGCGUCCCGCUGCUCUGCGUGCGUUACGAGGUGCCUUUCCCGGAACCCUCCUCUCGCUUGGACCCAAGAGAGGCGACAGCUCUCGCUCUUGGUUCCGAGAUGGUCUGGACUGGUUUGGGUGCUUUAAAUAGACGUUUUAGUUCUGUGGUGCUUCUGGGGAGAAGGGUAGGACUUCAGUGUGAGACUUGGGUGGAUGGGAAAGUUCAAUAUUGGUCCUUUUUCUUUAUUACUUUUUUGCUUUGCUGUUGUUACCAUUUGUCACUGUCUUGAUGUUAAAAUGCCAAAAAUGAUCUAGUUGGGUUUUUUUCCCCUACCUGUCCCCCGGUCCUCCUCGCAGUGGCUUCUGCCUGAGCAGGGCUUGUCAUGGCGGCGGUCUCUGUUCUGGCCAGUGGGGAGGCCGCACGUGAGGGGACCAGACUUAGUCUGACUCACGCUCGUCUCCGCUGUCCUGUGUUCAGCCGAUAGUCCAGGGGAGAAGCUUCUGCCGUUUCAGAGCUUCUGCUAAACUGACCCGGUUUGUCCAAAUCACCCCUAAGCCACCGACUCCAACUCAAGCUCCCACACGCAGACCCCGUUUCCCUGGACGAGUCUCCCUCCCGGAGCCGGGUUAGGUGUCUGUGCUCCCUGUCCCCCCCCCCCCCCCUCCGCCCUGCACAGCUCCCCCUUCCGGGGCCGUGCAGUCGCUGAGCGAGUGCUGGGAGCAGGAGCUGCCCUCAGCCAAGCGGGGCUCGGGUCUUCCAGUGGACUAACAGUCUGUAGCCCGCCACCAGCCGCUGCUAGAGCCCGUGCCAGGGACUGGAGCAGGAAAGGGGUGCAGCUGCCCUUUCCCUCCCACAAUCACUCCUUUUGGCUUAGAGUUUUAAAACGGACUUCCCGCUGGGGGAACUCCUGCAGCACGAGGAGUUGCGGGGGGUGGGUCCUGCACCCCAGGAGAAGGGGACAGAGUGACCGGAAUGACUGGAGCUGAGGGGGGCGUCGGCCGUGCCUUCCAGCUCAGGAGGAAUUGGGAAGGAGGAGGCUUAGAGUGAAGGGGAACCUAAGAGGAGGUCGUGGUUUGGUCGAAGGUGCCUGGUUUAGUGCUGUAAUUGUCUUAUUUUUUUUAUAUAUAUAUUUCUUGGAGUAAACAUUUUAAAUAAAUGACAUCAUUGUUUA